AUGUCCACCGUUCCCAAAUACUCUGAGAAGAGCGCCGACGUAGAGCUAGUUACAAGUGAUGAUGCUCAUUUCCGAGUUCAUUCGUAUAUGUUAAAAGCGCACAGUACCCUCUUCCGAGACAUGUUAGACCUUUCCACUCCUCUUGACCCAAACGAACCUAUAUCUCUUGAAAUCACACAAGAAGACCUAACCGACUUUCUCGAUAUAAUGUACGAUCAUUCCCCUUCUUUAACAUCUUGGUCAAAAUGUCAAACCCUCCUAUCUAAUCUGGACAAAUACGGUAGUGAUAAACUUAUCGAAAGAGUUCUCGUCCGUUCGACUCCUAUGGCAUCUAAACAUCCUUGGGAGAUAUUCGCAUUUGCUAGUAGACAUGAUAAUGUAGCUCUUGCAAGAGAAGCUUUAAGACAUUUUGGGAAUGUAACUAGCUUAACACAUAUGGAAAUUGGUGGAAUCACUAGAGCUAUGGGAGAACAAGUUGAUCCUAUUUAUUUAUUAGGUUUAGCUCAAGCUAUGGGGAAAUGGCCAAAACAAAAUAGAGCUAAAGUUGAUUGGUUAAAUAUAGCUAUUAGUUUUAGUCUUCCUACGUGA